GACUCCAGCUGCCGACCCGGAACACUGCCAUCACUGGGUUGCUGAGAGGAAGGCCCACGGUUUCGGAGGUCUCUGUGCACGUCCAGGGUGAGUGUCCCCCUGAGCCUCACAGCCACGGAGCGCUCCGGCCGGGCCGGAGGCCGGAGGAGACGCACGAGUGGGGUCCAGGAGCUCAUCAAGGCAGUGAAGCUGAUACGUAACGAAGUCUUCGGUCUGUUCCUGUUGCUACCACCGAAGCCCAAUCCCAGUCUUCGUCUCGGUGUGAUUCUUCAUCGCAUUGAACCUUACUCGUAAUAUCUAAUCGCUAGUCCAAAUACUGCCCCUUUACGGGACCCGUUCUGACCUCGUCAGUCUAACCAAGCCGCAGCCCCUGUCUGUAGAAUCAGCAUUCAGGUGGCUCUUAUGUGCAUUGGACAGGAUGCCCUUAGUCUUCCCUGCUGUGGUCCGCUUAGAUGCUUAGCUCUCCGCGCCUUUCCUCUGUCCUUGCCGCCCUGCCCAGCCGGCGCGUUCACCUGAACUCGUCUCAUCUGGCACAGAGCAAAAGAAUUGGCCUGCAAGGUGAUGUGACUGAUCCAAGGACGAAUAGCUUCUUAUAUAUUCUAGAUAUUCUCCCAAGAUUACAAAAAUUACCGAAGUAUAUUCUUUUAGAAAAUGUUAAAGGUUUUGAAGUAUCUUCUGCAAGAGACCUGUUAAUACAAACAAUAGAAAAUUGCGGUUUUCAGUACCAAGAAUUUCUAUUAUCUCCAACCUCUCUCGGCAUUCCAAAUUCAAGACUACGGUAUUUCCUUAUUGCAAAGCUUCAGUCAGAACCAUUGCCUUUUCAAGCCCCUGGUCAGGUACUGAUGGAGUUCCCCAAAAGUGAAUCUGAACAUACAGAAAAAAAUACAGUAGUUGCAGAAAAGAAAAUUGAAAGAAAGAAAAUUGAACCAAAUAUUUGCUCUGAUAACAGCAGACCGUGUUCUGGAAAAGAAGCCAUUCUUUUUAAGCUUGAAACUAUAGAAGAAAUUGACCGGAAACAUCAGCAGGACAGUGAUCUCUCUGUGCAGAUGCUAAAAGAUUUUCUUGAAGAUGAUGUUGACACAAACCAGUAUUUUUUACCACCAAAGUCAUUGCUGCGAUACGCCCUUUUGUUAGACAUUGUUAAGCCCACUUGCAGAAGGUCCACGUGCUUUACCAAAGGUUAUGGAAGCUAUGUAGAAGGGACAGGAUCUGUGUUGCAGACCUCAGAGGAUGUGCAGAUUGAGAAUAUCUACAAAUCCCUUACCAAUUUGUCACAAGAAGAAAAGAUAGCAAAACUGUUAAUGCUUAAACUUCGGUAUUUCACUCCUAAAGAAAUAGCAAAUCUCCUUGGAUUUCCUCCAGAGUUCGGGUUUCCUGAGAAGAUAACAGUGAAACAACGUUAUCGUCUACUUGGAAAUAGUCUUAAUGUGCAUGUAGUAGCUAAGCUACUCAAAAUCCUAUAUGAAUAAUUUAAAAAUAACUCUGAAAGAUGGUCACAUUAUUUAUUCAUAUCCAGAUAGUAAUUCUGAAAUUCUAUUUUGAAUUGAUUUUGAUGAAAUUUAACUAAACUAUCUUUAUCUCUCUUUAAAAAGAAAUUUGGAUUUAUCAUAAAAAUGCUGAUUUUUAAAAUUUUAUAUUACUGUAUUUUGUAAAGUUAAAAUUACUAUUAUGGUUUACAAGAAUAUAUUUUCAUAUGAAAUUGCUAAAGAUACAUGUAAAGUAUUCUCUUUAUGAUAUUAUGGUACAUACAAAUUUAGGAGCAUUGGAGGUUGAAUGUCUACGUGAAUUAUUUUACAAAAGUGUCAUGCUAAGCAUAGUAUAGUGAACCUGAGAAACUGUGUUUUUGUAUGCUAGUUAAACAAAUUGCUUUAUGAAUCCUAUAAUUUUAUUUUUUUUUGUUAGAUAAUUAUUCCUCAUUUUAAAAUGAUGAUUCUAAUUCUGGCCUGUUUCAAUAUUGAAUGUUUUACUGAACUCCACCCUUUAAAUGUUUCUUAAUUAUAUAUAAACAAAUGCAUAUAAUGUUUUAAACCAUAUUAUCAUCAUUCAAUGUUAUACAGCUGUCUGAAGAAGGUGUCAGAAAAAAUAAUCCUAAAUUCUUGAUUAUGUCUCCAUCAGGAAGCUACAGAAAAUGUAGGUAAACAUUAUCCAGUUAUCUUUAAUUCUACCUCCAUGUAAAAUGCAAAACUUCAUUGUCUGUUCUUUAUUUGUAAAUAUUUUUUAUUACUUUGCUGUCAUCAGAUCUUGCUUUUGUCUUCCUUCUCAGCUUCUGGUUGUAAGGUGAAUUUGCCAUCACAUUCUGGGGAACGUCGUGUGGCAUUCAGAUUUUAGGGAGGAAACUAUACCCUCUGACCCGAUUUCAUAUGACUAUUCUGUGAAUUAGCUUUUUAAACUUUUUCUUUCUCAGUAGACUUUUUGGAAUUAGGCUUUCUAAUCAAACUGCCUUGUAUUAUAAACCCUGUGGUUUUAUUUCAGUGAUAAAAGCAAGUGACAAAAGAGAAAUGAAAAGAAAUAAGACCAGAAAUUGUAUAACAA